AUGGCCGGAUCCGUUCAAAAGAAGGCGCUUGCCGCUAAGAAGGCUGCCACCAAGGGUGUUCACGGUAACAAGGUGACCAAGGUUCGCACCUCCACCACCUUCCGUCUCCCCAAGACUCUUGCUCUUGCUCGCAGCCCCAAGUACCCCCGCAAGUCCGUCGACCACCCCCGUCGUCUGGACGAGUACCAGGUUAUUGUCCGCAACGUCAACUCCGAGGUUGCCACCCAGAAGAUCGAGGCCUCCAACACCUUGGUUCUCCAGGUUCACAUCAAGGCCAACAAGUACCAGAUUCGCGAUGCCGUCAAGAAGCUGUUCGGUGCUGAGGCUCUCAAGAUCAACACCCUCAUCCGCCCUGAUGGCACCAAGAAGGCCUUUGUCCGUCUCACUUCCGACUUUGAUGCCCUUGAUGUUGCCAGCCGUGCCGGCUACCUGUAA